GGCCGUAGCACAUUGACAUAGAGCUUCCCCUGAUAGCAGUCCUGCAGACGUCAUGGCCCAGGCUGCACAGACGAACGUCCUCGAUAUCAACACUCCCCUUCGAGUGGAGCACGACAAAAAACGACGACAAUUAAGCAUCCGACUGAACGGAACCUGCCUUACAGGAUGAAUCCACAAAGGAUAUCAUGUUCAUCAACAACAAUGCAUGACCACAAAGUCUGGCCUCCAUUCACUUGGACCUACAGAGCUGAAAUAUUCCUCUAAAAAUCUUUGUGUUCUACAGAAGAAAGUAAGUCAUACAUGUGGGAUGCAUGAGGGUUCCCACGACAGGGCUGUGCUGCUGUAUGAAUAUGUGGGGAAGAAAACAGUGGAUCUGCAGCAUACUGAGGUUCCUGAAGCUUACAGAGGACGAGAGAUUGCCAAACACCUAGCCAAGGCUGCAAUGGAUUUUGUGGUAGAGGAAGACCGGAAGGCCCAUCUAACCUGCUGGUACAUCCAGAAAUACAUGAAAGAAAACCCCCACCCCUAUUACUUGGAGCACAUCAUCCAUUGAGAGCGACAGACAGACAGACAGUGACACAAAAUGAAGAUCUUUCAGUUCUAAUAGGAUGAUUUGGGAUUGCGUGGGAUGGGCAUCCCUAAUCUGGCUAACUGGUCUUGAAACUCCAUAAAAUCAAAAGAUGUAUUUUUUGUUUGCAAGCAAGAGUGAAUGCGAUUAAAGCAGGGAAAAUAUCUGAAACUAUACCAGGCUGUGUAAACGUUUUCUUAGGAACCUUCAUGCCUUAUGGGCUGAGAGAUAACAGUGUGGACAUUGUGGUGGGCAAGGGAUUGCAUCUCCCAGUAAUUUCAGUGGUUUUUGGACUUUCAAGCCAAUGCAGAGAAGUGUAAGAAAACGCCCUUUAUGAGCUCAAAAGUGAUGUUAGACUAAAUGCCUCCCUGGCCAUAUGCCUUCUGAUUUAGCAGUGCUUAUGAGAGAGAUGCACACGUUAUUGCGAUUCGACAUGCACAGACAGUCUCUCAAACCAAACAAAGUGUACAUCCAACCUGGCAUGAAUUUUUAGGGUUCCAGGCUGAUUUUGUGCUUGUUUUGUAUGUGUGUGUGUGUGCGGCUGUGCCUGGUGCAGACAAUGGCCAGUGAGGAGCUCAGUUCUCAAGACAAUUACCCAACCCUUAUAAUUUACUGGGCUGAACCUCUCAAGAUGCAAACUUUAUAAUAACAAUGUGUGCUGCGUGCGUGCACGGUUUAUGAGGACUUUUUUAAGAUUAACAACUGGCAAUUACAAGGGUAUUAUGCUAUAAAUGUGGUUUAUGAGUGUACAUUUCUAGUGUCCCCAUAAUUCAAAUCACUUAAAAAAAAAACAUACUAAACUAUGUUUUAUUGAAAAUGCAGAAGGUUUUUUGUGAGGUUUAGGGGUAGGGUAUAUAAUCUAGUUCGUACAGUAUAAAAAUCAUUAUGUCUAUUAAAGUUCUCACAAUGAUAGCCGCACAAAGUGUGUGUGUGUGAGAGAGUGAGUGUGUGAGAGCAUGAGAGAAAUGUGUUGAAUGAAUGUCAGUGUAAGUUAUUCUCAUAAUUCCCAGGGGUCUCAUUAAAAGUCAGUUGUUGAACUGUCUAGAUCAAUAUUGUUUGCAGGGUAGGCUGCAAACUGAGCAGACUGUGGCAUAUUCUGCCAUGUGACACAAACAUCUCUGGCAAAUUAAUAUCCAUGAUAUUCCUGGUGAUGUUAAUGAAGGUAAUCUUUUUAAGGAAAAUGACUGGACCGUUACAGCACCUACAAAGAUUGUGAUUUAAUACAGCCUAAAGAUGUCUGAAGUUCAUCCAUUUUUACACACUUAUGUACUCUUGCUGUUACUAUUAAUG